CCUUCGACCAAAUUUGGAAUGCAAAAUCGUAGCUUCAAUUCUUCCUAUUAUAACCAGUACGAUUGGCUUGAAUACAGUAUUAAUAGAGAUGCUUUAUUUUGUUUUGUUUGUCGUAAUUAUGGAAAUGAUUCAAAUGAAGAAACAUUUACUACUAUUGGCUUCAAAAACUGGAAGAAGUUGUCUGGUUCGAGAGGUGUUGGAAAUAAGGCGAAUAAACUCUGCACAUUCAAAUUCUGUACAGCAUCUCACAUGCCUUGCAAAAUGGACCGCUCAUAAGAAAUCUAAAAUAACUGGUAGUAUUGUAACUCAACUGUCUUCACAGCAUAGUAAGCUUGUUGAAAUGAAUAGACAGUAUAUGCGUGCUUUAAUUGAUAUAGUAUUACUAUUAAGCCGUCAAGGAAUUGCCUUUCGAGGACACAAUGAAACUAGUAGUUCAUUAAAUCAAGGAAAUUUCAAAGAAAUAUGUAAUUUAUUAGCAAAAUAUAAUCCAGAUUUUGAUUCUAAAUAUUGUGAAAAAACAAGCUAUUCAAGCCAUAGAAUUCAGGAUGAAUUAAUUGAAAUAAGUUCAAAUUAUGUUAGAAAUAUUAUCAUUAAUGAAAUUGAAAAUGCUGUUUCAUGUAGCAUUAUGUGUGAUGAAGCAAGAUGUUUUAAAGAAGAACAAAUGUCUUUGUGUGUUAGAUAUUGUAAAGACCUUAAUGUAACUGAACGAUUCUUAGGGUUUAUUGACUGUUCUCAAAAUCAAAAUGCUGAAACAUUGACCCAAUCCAUAUUUGAAUAUUUGAAAAUUUGGGGACUAAAUUCAUUUAUACCAAUAGUAGCACAGUCUUACGACGGUGCAAAUGUUAUGUCUGGUCGAUUUAAUGGUGUACAAGCUAGAGUUAAAGAGAAGUAUCCAUAUGCUAUAUAUACCCACUGUAUGGCCCAUAGAUUAAAUUUGGUGGUGAUUGAUAUGUGCAAACUUAUUAAAGAAACAAGAAGUGUUUUUAAUACUCUUAAAGCGCUGUAUACUCAUUUUUCAAAACCUUCUAUUAACAAAAAAUAUAAUGAUAUACAAGUAAAAUUAGGUAUAAAUAAAUUGUCAAUUACUAAAAUCAGUGAUAUGCGAUGGAAUUGUCGUUACAAAAACUGUGAAGCUGUUAAAACGAAUUAUAAAGCAAUAAUCAUUGCACUUGAAGAAGAAAUUGAAAAUGAUGGUGAUAAAGACGUGAAUGAGGCAAUAGGAAUACUGCAUGUAUUGAAAAUCAAAAAUUUAUCGUUCAUUUAUUUAUAUUGCAUAAAGUAUUAAUUAUUAUUAAUGUUUUAAUGUGCAAAUUACAAGAAAAGACUGC